AUGUCCACCUCAUUGCGCCGUGUGUUCGUUUAUGGUACGCUCAAAAAGGGUGAACCCAACCAUCACUGGCUAGCAGAUGUGGACAACGGACGGGCUCGUUUCAUCGCCAAAGGCCGUACGACCGUGCAGUAUCCGCUGAUUGUCGCAACCCGGCAUAACAUUCCGUUCCUGUUGGAUGUGCCCGGUACGGGACACUUCGUUGUUGGGGAAAUUUAUGAAGUUGAUGAUCGGAUGCUCAGCCGUCUCGAUGUCCUGGAGGACUAUCCGAAGCUGUAUGAUCGCCGACCGGAAGUGAUACGGAACGAAGAGACCAAUACCGUCGAGAGUUGUUGGACCUAUCUGUUGCGAAGCUUCCCAAAGCGUUUGCUGGAAAAACGUCUGCUGGAGGAGUACAGAGACAGUCCCGAAAAACCGUACGUGGAGGCUGAUGACAUCGAGUUUGAUGAGCGAUGA